GUUUGAGUAAGUUCAACGUUUUAUUUAUAUUUCUUGACAACAGUUCCAAAAAUCGAACGAAGAAGAAAACGAACCAGCAUGUCGGGAGGCCAAGCGACUGCAAGCGCAUGGAGUGCAUGGCUGGACAGGCUGGAGAAUGCGCGCACGUCCGAGAAGAAUCUAAGCACGAAGAUUCGGUCCGGAAACGUCGCCAACUUGGGCACGAGUGUCUUCGCGUUGCAGCAAAGUGUGUCGCGGCUGCGUCGGGAGUUCGACUCUAUGACGAGUGGCUCCACGACGAACGCCGUGGCGACGCCGCAAGAACUACGACGUCGGGAAGAUCUGUUGCGAGAUCUGGAAACGCAGACAAGGUCACUCUUAGCAGCGUACAACAACCGUGCACAGGGUACCAAGGGGUUGGUCAAAAUCUUCUCUCCCAUCAAUUCGUGUACAAUCGACGAUGAUGCUGAUACAUGGAAUAGAUCAUCCACGCUCGAAUCGGGAGCCCAAAUGCUUCGUGUGCAGAACCAAAUCAUGCUAGACCAAGACGAUCAACUCAGCUUGAUUGGGCAGGGCGUGUCCAACUUGAAGCAGUAUAGCUUGUCGGUGAAGAAUGAAACGGACCUGCAUGUGCGACUCCUCGACGACAUCAACGUGGACGUCGACCGCGCCACCACCGGCCUUGAAGCAGAAGGGGACCGGGCGCAGAUCCUGGCCAAGAAGAGCAGCAACUUUCGCCUGUACUUGGCCAUCGUGGUGUUGACCGCCAUUUUAGUGUUUGAAUUAAUUAUUGGAGGCAGCAAGUAACACGAUUGAAACUUCAUCCA